AAUAAUUUCAAUGCAUUCUCCCUCUCGAGAAUUUAAGAUGGCAGCCACCGGUCAGAUCGCUGAUCCUGAACUUGCAAACGUAAGAUUUAAAAAGAAAGAACUGUUUUAAUGACAGUUAUAAAAUUGCUGUAUUAUCACGUUGUAAUAUCAUCUAAGUUUUACAGUUUAGUUGAGGUAAAUUUGAACGACUGGUAGUAGUAGGGUCGCUAGUUCUGCGACUUCACUACAUCGGCUACAGCUCACAGUCAUUUAUUUAUUUUAGCCGGAGCCUUUUAACUUUUAACAUUAUACAUUAGUACUACUAAGUUAUUACUAAGGCGUCUAAGGUAGUAGUCAUAGUACUCAUACAUUUGAUACAGAGACAUACUACACAGUAUACAAUAACUAUAAUAGACUUAAAACAGUACAUAUACAGUAUUACUAUUAAUCAAACACUUUGCAACACACACAGUCAUACAUGUAAAAAAACAGUACUAGUACCCUUCAGUUUCAGCCACGUUACGGCUACAUAUACUGCUACAGUCCACAGUACUCAGUACUAAAGUCAAAGUAACUAGUGAAAAAAAAUGAGUAUAAGAGUGGGUAAAUGAAUGUGUAGUUUUUUCACCCUAAGCUCAUUGACAUCUUUUUGGUAAUCCCAACACUGGACUAUGGCGCCUAAGGCUAAGGGGGACAGUGAGUGAGUGACAGGACCAACAUUUGGACCUGAACCAUGAGAAUGAAACUUUCCCGUUCCUCACUGAGCGUUAUUUGCUUCAAAAGCAUAAUCUGACGAUCAAUAUAGUAUACAGUUAAUUAUAUAUGAAAUAGUUACAAUAAAAUUUUCUAUUUCGUUUUUAUUAAAAUUCAACGUACAAGUUUCAAAAGAAAUGAAAAGAAAAUCAUCCUUACUUAUUCCCCAAAAUAAAUACCGAGAAAAAGACAUCCACAUGGUUAGAAGUGCUGUUUUUAUAUUGGUUGAAAGUGAAAUCCCCAUUUGCCACUCAUAUAUAUAUAUAAUUAUAAUAUUGCAAUUUAAUGGGAGAAUUCAACAUAAUUUUCUGGGGAGAGGAGAACCCCCCUCCUCUUUUUAAGACAAAAAUUAAAAAAUGAGAAAAUAAAACUUAGCAAAUUAAAUAAAUACAGAGCUAAAUGUACAGUUUUGUACAAAUAAAAGUAAAUUUAACUACAUAAACUAAUGUUCUUAUUGUAAAUAGUUUUAAACUGGUAUUAGCAAGUUUUCAAUAAAUAUUACAUUACACUGAAUGGUUUUUCCAUGAAAUAACAGAAUCAGGUAAAUUUUUUUAAUAAUAAGCGACAACUGCAGCCCAUUGAUUUAUAAAUAUAGCUGUCAAGGUGCUUAACAGGAUGAAAUGCCUGUAUGCUUUGGGCUGCUCAAAUAAUUCGUCACUUUUGAAAAAUUAAGUUACAUUUGUUACUCACUGACUUGUAUUGGGAGAAAUUAAUCUCCUAUUUUAAUUUUAAUUGGCUGGUUGUAAUCAGUGCCUAACAAAGGACGAUACCACAGAAUCAACAAUAUUAAAGAUACGACCCAAAACAGUUUCUAGUUACAAUUAAUAAGAUUUAUUAUGUCUAAAGAUAAUUACAAAAGAAAAUAAAAUAAAAUUACAAUCUUCAACUUACAGUAUGGUGGAUCUCGUACCGGUACACAGUUAAUACAAUUAGAAAUAAUGAUGCCAAUAAAUAAUGCGAAAUAAACACAUAUAAGUAGGAGCACACAAAUACACAAAGAAUAAAACACGCCUCGUAAUGUUAAGAGAAUCUAUAUGAAAAUCUCCCCUCGUCCGUGCCUGUCAAUCCCUUAUAUAGGUGUAGAGUAAGGCGCUUCCAGAAGGGCUUAUGACGUGUUGUUUACAUAUCUCGGGUUAAGGAGUACAUUCCAGAAAGUACCCCGAGUCAUUAUACCCAAUGCGUAAUUGGAAGCCGAUUGUAAACAAGAUACUUCAAAGGCCUAAGCCACACCCCUUUGUGAACACAGCGUCUCAUGCGGGGUCAAUCAGAGGGCACGCACGAGAAAUAUGAUGUAAACAAGCUCUCUGUAACACACGUAACACAUUGGUACUUGAACUUUUUCAGAGAACACCCUUAACAUGCUUUCGGGUUUUGACAUGCGCCUUUAAAUCCAUUACACCCUUAUUGGCAAUAGAGUUAUAAGUUCUACAGCCGAAUAUCAAACAUUGAGCUUCCCUGUCAUACUGACCUGCAUGAAAUCCUGGGUAAUGGUUUUUCAUUGCAAUUUUCAAUUAACACAGUUGCCGCCUUGUCAGGAACACAUUAAAUAAUUUUCCCCGUCAUGAAAACAGGAAAAUGGGCAUUCUAGUAAGGAAAUUAUCCAGCUCAUCUGGAAUUUUUCAUUUUGAAAAAAAAUUGUGUUAAUGACCUGACAUUGUCAUCUAUUAAUUAGCCCCCCUGCCCCUAUCAUUUAUCAAUGGGAUUUUGCACAUUGCUAGUGGUUUUGCCUUAACUGCCUAUGCUCUUUACAAGUUUUGGAAAAUAUAUUUUAUACUAUACUGAUUUGACAGAUCAGAUUAUUUUUUUUGGUGCUGUUUUUGCCGAUCAAGCAAUUUUGGCAUAAGUAAAGUGUAAGACGCAGUAAAUAAUUAUUUUAAUUUAGUUUUUCUAGUUUUUAAUUGACAGGUAGCCACUUUGAAUAGAAAAUUAUGUGACUGAGCGUGGUCUAAAAUGACCUAGUCUUCUAAGCUUAACCUACUUUGUUAGGUUAAUUGUUUAAAGUAGGCCUAAUAAAUAAAAACACUAUGCCUAAUUUGCAGUAACAAAAUUAAUAAUAGAAGCUUUCGUUAUAAGUAUUAGUCAUACUGCUACUCCAUGACCAAAUUAGAGGAAUUUGAAUUUUAAAUAUUAACAAAGGGUUCUUGGCCUUUAUCUAUAACAAUGUAAUGUGUGUUUUUUAAAUAGAGCUUGGCCUUUUACCCUCUAACUGUCAAAAAAAAAUUUCUAUAGUGUUAAUCCUUUUUAGCAAUUUUAUAUGCUUGUCAAAAAUGACAAAAAUCCCAGACUAAAUGAAUUCAGAGACUCUUACAAGUAUACAUUUUCUGAAAGUACAAUGGACAAUGGGGAAUCCAAAGACUCACUUAUUACCUUAUGGGAGCUAAGUUUACUUUACAAUUGUUUACUGUCAGGCAUCCAGCAUAUCUGCCAUCAUCGUGUCAGCUUGUUAAACAUAUUUUUCUCUGGCAUAACAUACUUUGAGAGCAUGUUUUUCAUUUUAAAAAAAAAAAUGUAUCAAGAAAAGGUCAUAGAAAUGUUUGAUUAUAAGGAGAGUAUUUAAAUUUAGAUUUCAACACUUUCAGUUAAAAAACUAAAAAUUGAACUGAUGGAGCAAAAUGAGUCCCUUGACGAAAUUUUUUAUAGUUUUAAUGGACCUUUCGAAUAAAUUAUAUGUUUCUUAAUCCCACCCUUUGCAGACAACUUACUAUUGUUAUUAGAUUAAAAAUUAAUCUAAAAUAUAUUGAAACUUGAAUAAAUGUCUAUACCUAAGAUGCACAGCAUGUAUAAACCACUACAUGAGACUACACAAUGGACGGGGAGGACCACAGGUUAUAUGCCAGAGUUGCAGCUCAGAUACAAUCAAGUUCCAACGUUCAUACCUUGUCCAUGAGGAAGGAAUCAUUUCAAUCUAGGCAUCAUGUAAAAUGCAGGCUCAGCUAGGGCAAACCCCGUAGGGCUCCAAAGAAUGUAGACCUCUUUAAACCCAUGGUCAUGAUAAAUAAGUUUAAAUAACAGACAAGAGUAUAUGGAUAGUGCAUACUAAAUAGGGCAGUGCUUCCAACCUGCAGCAGCCCGGGAGCUGAUUUUAAAUGGCCUGCCACAGCUUGAGAAAUUUGUAUGAUGUGUGUAAAGGAAUUAACAAUUUUAGGGUGAUAAUAUUUUCAAACCACAUUCAUUGGUUGGAUAUUGUUCUGUAAUCGAAUGAGUGCACAGGAGAAGUUGCAACAUGGAAUAGGUGGGGGGUCACAAAAGCUAAGGAGUUGCAUGGCGUGACAGGUAGCAGUAAUUUAUGUUAAGCACAUCAGCAUAGCUACCCUUUGGGGACUUUGGGGGACAUGAAAUCGAAUACUAUCUUCUCCCUCUUUCUGUUGUUUGUACAGGCGAGGCUUUAUGGAUUAAUGACUAUAAUUACUUAAGGCAUUAGGAAAGAUGAAUAAGGAAACCAAAAGUAAAUUGAUUUGUAUUUGUUUGUUGUAAAAAUUUCAUGCCUCCACCAAUGGGACCAAGCUAGGUGAAAUAAAUAGGUGAGCACUUUGAGUUAGCUAUUUUGCUUUGUGUGAUGAUAAUAAUAUGACUCAGGUCAGAGUAAUUGAGAUUGGAGCUGGGGUACUAAAGGCGUCACAAUUCAAUGUAAAUUUAGGGGGCAGUGUGAACCAUUAAUGAUACCAUGUUAUUUAAACAGCUAGUCUAGUCAGGUAUGGGAGAGUGUCUGUCCAUCUUGCAUUGUUGGGAUCUUGGGGACAAGUACCUGGUAUUCAGACAUUGGAGUAUGAGACUUUCAAUGAGUAGAAAGCAGGAUGCAAGUUGUAUUUGAAUAUAAUUAUACUAUUUAUAAUUAAUGCAAUUCAGUCAGGGAGAAACAGGGAGAAAACUUGAGACAGUAGGAACUAAUUAACAUAGAAUGUGUGGCCAAAUAAAGUCUGGAUGCUGUAUGUUUUUUCUGAUGAAUUUUCACAUAUUUGGAAAUAUUGUAACAAGAUUUUGACAAUGUUUUUUGGAAGCACCUUACAUUAGUGAAACUGGAUUCCCUUUAAUGACCAAAAUGUAAUGAGCUUUGACUGGUGAACAUUUAGAAAUCUAACGAGGUGAAGUACCAAUGUUAACUACCACAAAUUAAGAAAAUAGCAAUUACUACUCAAAGCAAUAUAUAUCAUUAAAAUGGGCUACAGUUUUUAUUCGCUUUUUUUACAUUCUUAAUGACUUUAUGAGCAGAUAAUGCUAUUGUUAAUAUGACACUUUAUGCAUAAGGGAAAAGGUAUUAAUAAUAUGGAUACUAUUCUAAAAAAAUUUUUGAAAGAAUAUUUCUUUUAAGAUGUCAUUUGCGGCCCUCGGGUUUGGUGAAAACUUUUUUUUGGCUCAUGUAGUUGAAAAUGUUGGGUACCGGGUAGCACAGAACUAGGGUUUACUUGAUCGUUAAAAAAUUGCUGCCUAAUUAGGCUAACAAAUGCAUUCCACCUAGCUGUUUAUGCAGUGCUGGGUAUGACCCUGAAUUAAUUCAAAUUCAACAAGUUUAAUAAAGGCAGUAAUGCAAAAUUUAUUCAGUUUUUGAAAAUUCAGGUGAAUUUACUUUUGGGAAAUUGGGAUUAUGACAUCCUCAAGCUGAAAAUUCUGAUAGUUUUCUUCUGUCAAAAAAUUCUUGAUAUGUUCUUUUGAGACACAUCAUAAGACAGUUUAAAAAAAAUUAAAAUAUUUUUUUUUUUUUUGAUUUGUUUAACCACCACCUUGCUUCCAACCAAAUUAAUUUUUUUAAAGAAGCACUUAAGAUCAAGAAAAGGAUUCUGAGUGAUUUGGUUGCUACCUAGACAUUUAUUUCAUGUAGAAAUGUUCUUAUGUUUAAAAUAAAAUAAUAGGUAGAAAGUAAAAGGCAAACAAUUUGAAAAAAAAAAACAUUAAAAUGCUGUUCAUAUUUACACAGUUAAUUUUGAUUUUGCUCUUAUUUAUGUAGUUUGAAGAAUGUUUUUUGCAGGGAUUUAUAGAUCAUCAGGAAUCCAAACAUCUUUAAAAUGUUUUUUAGUUAACUGAUAAAAUAUCUAUUCAACUUUUUCUACACAGGCUUUUUCUGAAUUGUCCAUGAAGAAAAUUCAAGCAGAGGCUCAGAUUCGUUUGUCAAAUGCUCAGAUUGAAAGUUUGAACAGAAAAAUUCAGCAUUCCCAACUAGUGGAGCAUGAGUUAACAAAGCUGCCUUCCGACGUUAAUGUUUAUAAGACAAUAGGAAGAAUGUAAGCUCGAAUAAUCUGUUUUGAUCUUUAGGGAAUGUAAGCUGGAAUAAUCUGUUUUGAUCUUUAGGAAUACUGUUUCUGUCUCCUGUUAUAUUUAAAAAUAAUUAUAAAUAACUGUAAGUAGUCCUGUCAAAGACUAUGUUAAAUACGAUUCUUAAAUUAAAAAUAUAUCUAAAGAAUAGUUUCAAAAAUAUAUUUUAUAGGAAGAUAGCUUUUUUUUAAAGUGUCAAUCUACAACCAACAUUUUUACACUUAAGGUAUCCAACUCUGUGAAAUAAGACAGCUUUAAAAAAUGGAGCAACACCCUGUUGCCUUAAUGGGAUUAUUUAUAACAAAUUGAAACCCAAAAAUUAAUGUUGACCUGUUUGCUCUUACAAUUUUGACAUACAAUGUAUCGUUUUAAACAGGUAUAUGCCUGUCAGAACUACGAUUUUACAAGACUGAGUUCAAAAAAAAUAUUUUCCGGUGCUUUUUAAAUAAAAUAAUUUUUUUUAUUUGUUAGUUUUAGCUCCUAUCUACACCUGCCGGUGAAUGGACAGAGAAAUGCGAUUGGCUGGGGACCAUCCUUAAUUAUAAACCACAUAUACAUUUUUUACUCCAUGUCAAUUCUUCUUCUUCUUCUUAUAUUUGAGAUGCCCACGAUCAAUUUGUUGAUCAUUCUGGCUCCUGGUUUAAAUUCAGAGUUUUCCUUCUCUUAGAUGGGUUGCCGUCCAAGGCUAACGAGUCCCAUCUGCCCGGGGUGCUUGGGAUGAUUUGCUUUUGGUGGGGAUUGAACUCCAGACCACCAGCUGUUUGGUUGCUCCAAUUGCUCCGCACAGCAACAUUAGACUUUGAAAUUGUAUAAGAUCUAGUUAGAGGCAUUUGAAAUGUAUUUUUAAAAGUCACUAAGCAGCUGUACACUUUUAAUAGACCAGCCUUCCGCUUCCCUACUCCCAAUACAGCUUGCAGUAGUUAUUAAGACUACAAUAUUUGAACAGAUAAUAAAAUCAUGCCUCUAGGCUUAAAGCAGGGGUGGUCAACCCACGGUCUACCACAUUAAAUAUUGUGGCCCACUGGAUUCAUCUCAAAUGAACUUAUUUCUUCAUUCAACUUGCAAUUAUUUUCAUUUUUGGCCUAAACUCAAAUUUGAAAUAUAUAUAUAUAUAUAUACAUCAAUUUUUGUGACAGUAUGGGCCAUUUUGGUGUACCUGACCCUUUUUUUGGACUGAUUAAAAAACAGAUUGAAAUAUUUAAUAAGUUAUAACACAAUUUUACUAUUUAGUAACUACUAAAAUAAAAAUAAUUUUUUAUAUAAAUAAAGCUAGGUAAGCAGAACCUAAUUUUCCACAUGCAUUACGAAAAAAGUGUAGAAUGAUGCAAAACUAUAUUAAGGUAUAUGCAAAAGCGCAUCCCAGUAGUUUGAAUUUAUUUUUUUUUAAUUCUGGAAAGGGGGCCCACCCCCACUUUUGCAUGGGUAACUUUGUUGGGCGUCCACAAUUUCAGCUCCCCCACCACAUCUUUGUCUAUCAAAGUGGAAAGUAACAGGCAUCUUGCUAUUUGCAAUAAAGUUCUGUAUAUAAAAAAUAAACAUCAGUGAUGUACUUUGACAUGUGACCUUUAUUAGACAUGUUUUUGGAAUAGUUACAGUAUACUUUUUACUGUAUGUUUAUUUAUUUACAAUUGCAAUAUGGUAACAAACGAUCAGAGGCUUACAGUUCCCAUCCAGUGAGUACUGAAAUAGAAAAUAGUUCAGAUGUUCUGUUUCAGCAGCCAUUUUAAAAUCCUUAACUGAAUUCUUAAUUGCAGAAAAUAAACUUCCUUAAACUGAAAUUUAAGGACUAAUACAAGCCAUAAUUGUAAUGGGUGUGUUGGUGUAAACAAAGAAAGUGGGUGGAUAUUAAGUUGGUUAAAAAAUGGAAUUAGAGUGAUUUACAUAAUGUUAAUACCAUGUUAAAUGUCAUUUAAAAGUUCCAUUAAACUUACAGGUUUUUAUUGCAAAGUCAAGAUCAAGUUUUGGAAGAUUUGAAAAACAAACAACAGGCUUUUGCUGAAAAAAUUAAAACAUUAGAGGUUUGUUGCAUUUAUUUUUUUUGUAUGUAAAUAUAUCUCCCUGUAUUAUAGUUUUCUUUUUUUUUUUUUUAGCUCUGCUUGUUGAUAACUUCAUGUUCCUUCUCUUUCAACCAUCAUUUCUUGUUGCUUUUUUUUACUUUUGAAGGGAGACCACUAUGUUACUAAUUGUUAGUAGAAUUUCCAUGGAUUAUUUUUCUUGGUACAACCAUUUACCAAGAGAUUAAAACUGAUUUUGUUGCUUUUAUUUUUUUUUUUUGUUAAUAUUUCUCCCUUUAUUAUAGUUUUCUUUUUUUUUUUUUUAGCUCUGCUUGUUGAUAACUUCAUGUUCCUUCUCUUUCAACCAUCAUUUCUUGUUGCUUUGUUUUACUAUUGAAGGGAGACCACUAUGUUACUAAUUGUUAGUAGAAUUUCCAUGGAUUAUUUUUCUUGGUACAACCAUGUACCAAGAGAUUAAAACUGUCCAUACUGGUUUAACAUUUGCACAUUCAUUUAUGUUAAUUUAACAUUUGAAAUUACUCAUCAAAACAUCAUCAAGCUAACGAAAUGUUGCAUUAAAUGCAGCAAGAUUCUUAAUGAAUUCAAGACCUUUAUGGAAAUCCAGUAAUGCCUAGUUACUAGCAGGGUAACAAAUAUUCAACACAUAAAGAAAACUUAUAAUAAUCACAGAAGUUAUAAGAAAUUAUUUUUUUUCACAUGUCCUGUAAUAAAAUACACUGUGUUUUUUUAUGCUGUGUCCACAGUUUGUAUCUUAAAGCAGAAAAUGUUAUAUAACAUCGUGCUGUGAGAUAAUGGAAAAUGAUUUCAAAAACAUUUUCACAAAACAACACACAAACCUGGGCGUGGAUUUAACAAAAUCUCUUUUUUUUUUAAUUUUUAGCAAACUUCUCUUUACUGCUGCUCUAUUUGAAUGUCUCAGUUUGCUGGAAACUGUGGAUAUAAUUUUAUUCAUUAGUAAAGGGCGUAAGAGUACUUUGGAGUAUCUUUAAAUAGUUUUUAAUGGGCAUUUUUAUUUAUGGAAAACCAUUUAGACUAUUUCAAGAGCUUUCAGGACCUAAACCUUAAGUAUCGUUUAGAAAUGAUCACAUGAAGGAAGUUAGAAAGUGGUUUUUUUCUCAUUUUGUGUUGAUUGUAAGUUUCGUGUCAAGUUUUUUGGGAUUUUUUAAGACCUUCAAAUAAAUCCCUAAAGUGAAAUAUUAUAAAACAAGACACCACAUGACACAUGUUAAAUGUGUACAAGUAAUAUAGCAAGUUCAAAUACUGUAUGAUUACAUGUGUCAUAUAUAACGAUAUGUGUGUGUAUAUAUAUAUAUAUAUAUAUAUAUAUAAGUGCAUACAAUUUACUUUCCUGUUUGUUUACGUCCUGAAAAUAGCUUAGCCCAUCUAUAAAUCCUUUAAGAAAUAACCAAGACAUGAAAUUACAUUUUCAUUUAUUUAUCUAAAAAAGAUUUAACUUAGGUUUUAUGCUCUAGUGUGCAAAGAGUUAAAGUUUUGGACAGGAUUCCAUUUAGAACCACACUUUAUUUGAGUAUCACAUUUCAAUCGAAGUUAGAAAUUAGGCUUGACUGCUUGCUCUUACAAAGUUUUAAGACAUUUGUCAUUAAUUGAAUUAAAUUAAUGUUAACAGUGCAAAAAAAAAGGAUGAAUCAUUUUGAUAUCUUUUUGAACAACAACAACUUAUUUUUAAACUCCAACACAAAAUUGAAAGGUUUCCAGGAGUUCUUUAUUUAGUUUGUGUUGGACUAGACAAAUGAGUCAUGUUAUGGCAGCGUAACAGAAAUUGGUUUCGUUAACAAUUGGCGCUUGUAGGUGUUUUCCUGUUUAUUUCAAAGUAACUCCUUAUUUACUUCCUCAUGUUCAUUUCCAAUACUAGAAGCUCUGACACUGGUUAUAGUGAAAGGUGUUGUUCUCAAGAGUCAACCUUUCAUUGUAAAGGCUUGUUGCAUGUUUCAUUACUUGUGAGAUUUUCCUAAACCCAUCUCCUUUUCGUAGUGCUCCAUACCUGGUCACAAACUUCAAACAAUCUUUCUCCCGUGCAACCUUCUUUUUCUAAUGCCUUAAUUACCCCCCUCACAAACACACAAUCGCUGCCCCAAAGUAAAACGCCAUAACCCCCCCCCCCCCCCACCACUUGCCCAUGCACAUUUGAGAUGCUUCUCAAUCAUUUCAAAAUUAACAUUUCAAAGCCCAUUCCUACAUUCCUGUCUCACCCUUUAACUCUGCACCUACCCCAAACCUUAGUAAACCCUGUUUAGUCUAAGCUGUUAUAUCUCCAUUUAUCCUCUAUGACUUUUCCCCACCUUACUCUAGAGUCACUUACUUUAUGUCUAAACUCUGAUAAUCAUUUCAUUGUAUUUAAUUUUCGAAUUUACACUUUUCGAAGUUUACUUUUUUCAUUGCGAUUUUUGCAUUACGGUACCUUGUUUUGUUGUAGCAUUAUUUCUGAGUAUUUACACUGUCUAAACGUCCACCUAGCUGCUCACCUUACUUCAUACUCUCCCUUUCCUCACCCCCAUAAAAACUGUACUUUCUCCACAUCCACCUCCUACCCCCAAAUUCUGACUCAUGAUCUAACCGUUGUCUUCCCUACACUGAAUCCACACCCCGAGAACAAAAGCCUCUCAACAUAUGACAUGCUUCCCCCUCAGACCACAAGUUCUCAUCCUAAGUUCAUUAACAAUUUCAACAUUUUAUACAAUAUUGAUUUGAGAUUUCUUCUUCUAUAAAUUAAGGGCCCACGAUCAAUUUAGAAGAGUUGCAAAUAUUUUAUCCCGAGCUUUUCCUUUUAGAGUGUUUUAUAAAUCUUAUUUGUAACUUCAAAAUAAGAAUGGAUUAUCAGGAUUUAAUCUUGUAAGGGCUCAUUUUUUUCCAGAUUUACAAAUUUUCAGUUUCAAAACAUUACCUGCCAAUGAAGGGUAAAAUAUUGUUUGUAAAAUUUUGGGAGAUGGGAUGUAGUUAACUAUUGUUGACGUUAUACUUGACCGACAGGUGAGAGGAACAGGUUGCAUAUCUUCAACCUUAUUUUAUCUUUUGCUGCGUGUUACUGUACAUAGCUAAUUGUUGACAAUUUUUAAUCCUGUUGGGUGCCUUUCUAUUAAUACUUUAACGUUUUUCUCUCUCAAUCUCUUGUCGGUUUGAAUUGCUAUAUAAGGGAAACAGACAGCUUUGUUUAUGUUGUACAUCAUUGGAUUAUAGGUGGUGCGACUGUACUAGUAAAACCUGAAAGAUCUUUUUAAGUUAAUGAUUGACCUAGUGCAAGGCUUUGCAAAGAUUAUUUGGUUAUCAUUAUCCAUUCAUUUCUAUCACAUGCUCACCUGUUAGAACCAUAUGAAGAUUGUCACUAAGCUUUUACAAAGGGCUUAUCUAAUCUUCAGAUAACACAAUCAUUUGUACUACUGGUACGCUCUAAAAAUUCAUUUUUUGUAAUUGUAUUACAUGUACAUGUUUAACUAUGUGUCAUUGUGGCUUCUUUUCUUAUCUACCUACUGAUUAAUUGUCGUAAUUAAAUUUUUUCCCAUAUGGAUAUAAGAUAAAACCUAAUGUUCUUUGCAUCAAGUUGGAGGAAUGUAUUAUUUAUGCAUUAUUAUAUAAAAACCCUUUGUUGUAGAUUAAAUGUGUGUAUUGUAUGUAGUGUUUGGCCAAACUAUUCUUUGUUGCCCCGCUAAUCUUGGUUGCUCCAUGAAUAUUUUAUUUAAAUGCCAAACUGUAGUAGUAAAUUCUGCAUGUAUUAAAUGAUAAAAGCUCUGAAAUGUUGACCUAUGAAAACAACUCUUUCCAUGCAUUACUCAAUGGAGAGAAUUUUUUGUCAUUUUGAAAUUUAGGAUCUUGUUGUAUUCAAGUUAAUGAUUGGUAAAUGAAAAAAUAGAUCUCUUUGAUUAUCUCAUCAGAAAAUCGGAAGGAGUUAUGAUCAGUUAACUCUUUAAAAAGCUAUUUACUCAAUAUCACACAUUUCUGAACAAUAACACAUAUGAAUUUGUAAUUAUAGUAGAGCUGUAUUGAUGUUAUUUAUUUUGUUUCUCGCUGCAGUCCUCCAAAGAGUACCAUCAAAAGCAUGUUGAGGAGUUCAAGAACAAUGUGCGUGAACUUGUGAUGACAAAACAGAGCCACCGCUGAUUGGGAUCCAAUGUUAUUAGUUGACUUCGAAGAAACUAAGAAGUGGUUAUUUUAUAUUUUUUAAAGUAGUCUGUUUCUUUGUUUUAUGUACAAAGGUGUGGUCCAUAUCUCCUUGUGCAGUGUGUUAAGGUAUGGUCUCUGUCUCCAAGUGCUGUGUGUGAAAGUAUGGUCGCUGUCUCUGUGUGCUGUGUGUGAAGUUAUGGUCUCUGUCUCCAUGUGCUGUGUGUGAAGGUAUGGUCUCUGUCUCCACGGGCUGUGUGUGAAGGUAUGGUCUUUUGUCUCCAUGUGCUGUGUGUGAAGGUAUGGUCUCUGUCUCCAAGUGCUGUGUGUGAAAGUAUGGUCGCUGUCUCUGUGUGCUGUGUGUGAAGUUAUGGUCUCUGUCUCCAUGUGCUGUAUGUGAAGGUAUGGUCUCUGUCUCCAUGUGCUGUGUGUGAAGGUAUGGUCUCUGUCUCCAUGUGCUGUAUGUGAAGGUAGGGUCUCUGUCUCCAUGUGCUGUGUGUGAAGGUAGGGUCUCUGUCUCCGUGUGCUGUGUGUGUGAAGGUAUAGUCUCUGUCUCCGUGUGCUGUGUGUGGAGGUAGGGUCUCUGUCUCCAUGUGCUGUGUGUGAAGGUAUGGUCUCUGUCUCCGUGUGCUGUGUGUGGAGGUAGGGUCUCUGUCUCUGUGUGCUGUAUGUGAAGGUAUGGUCUCUGUGUGCUAUGUGUGAAGGUAUGGAUUGAUCUUGAGUUUGGAUGGCGGUUCAUUAGAUGAGUUUUGUUGCCAGUUUGUUUGUGCGGUUGGCUUGCAAGUUUAUUUGUAAUUUGAUUGUCCCAAUCAUUAAAACGUAAAGUCAAAUGGGGCAGAUAAAAAGGAGGAAAUAAGUCACAAAAUUUCUAAAUUUAUCAUUUCGAAAACAUCUUUAUAUUGCUUGCAAUAAAUGACGUCAUCAGUAUUUCCAACAGGAGAAGACACCUGUUAAUUUGAUAGCCCAUAUAUUUCUAUUUGUGUAUGUAUAUAUUUAUAACGAUCAAGCAACAGGAGGGGGGGGGUUGUGGCUUAUGUAUGAUCUAUGGAAACAAUAUCAAUUACUUAUUGCUUUUACUGUGCAUAGAUUAAAAAGGGUCAUGGAUAUUUUUAAAAGUGCUGGUAAAUGCUGUGUAGCAUUAUUGAAACCAACCCCAUCCACCAUACCCCCAUAAUCUUAACUUUUUCCAAAAUUGUGAAAAAUGAUGUUCAAUUAGACCUGUCAGAAUGAACUGAAGUAAUCAAUAAAAUCACUGUCUACAA